GUUAACCGUCGCUCUAGAGCUACGUUUGUGUUGUACGCCGCGAACUCGCGCUAAAGUUUAUAAUUUAUUGUAUUUGAAUAUGAUACAACCGUGUAAAACAAUGUUUAUGUCAUACUAAUUAAACGAUGGUGGUUAUGUUAAUAAUGUCAUAAUAGUGAAGUUUAAAUUAAGGAGACAUUCCUUACGUGAGUGAAGUAUGGUUGGUAAAGUGCAAUCGCUAAGGAUUUAUAAAAUGCAAUCGUUAAGGAUUUGUUAAACAGUGAAAAAAAAUUGAUUAGAAAGUUUCUGCAGCGCCAACAUGGGGCCAAACCGGUUGCUUUCACCAUUUAUUUGCCUGCUGAUUAGUACAGUUUUUCAGUACGUGUUGAGCGAGAAUGACCAAUAUGAUGCGCGUGAAGGCGAAGAUAUCACAAUGCAGUGUCGGUUCGCGCUGGAUCCAAUACCCAGAGAGUCAAUUACCUACUACUGGGUGCGGAACACCUUUAACGAUCUGGAUAACGUUGCCAUCGGCGACGUUCCCUUAGAAACUAACUACCAGAUAAUGUACGCACCGUCAGAAGGACGAUUCGAUUUGAAGAUAACAAACGUAACGUAUGAACGGGACAACGGACAGUUCGAGUGUCGAGUGAAAGCCGGUGGGUCGGGACGCACAAUGCACUCGCAGGGAUACAACCUCGUGGUACUCACUCAACCACAACCUCCAGUGCUGAACACUGGACCACAGGCUCAAGCACAGGAAGGCAGACAGCUUAACCUGACGUGUUCAAGUGUCGGAGGUUCUCCUAGUCCAAUUAUAAAGUGGUAUCGCGAUGGCUCUAUCCGUGCGUUAGAAGCCGAAAUGAUAGUCGGAAAAACUCGUGUGGAGCCCACCGUGGCCGUACUCACGCUCGAGCCAAGCCGUGAAGACGACGGAGCAACUUUCCGGUGCGACGUGAAGAAUCGCGCCAUGCGUGAGGGACAGCAAUUGGAAGCAACGGUGGAUCUCAGCGUCAACUAUUUUCCACGAGUUGAAAUCGGCCCUGAAAAUCCCCUACGAGUCGAAGUAGAUGGAACUGCAAACAUGGUUUGCAAAGUGGACGCGAAACCUAAAGUGAGCGGUGUGAGAUGGACGAGGGAGGGAAAAUAUAUUUCAAAUUCAUUCAACCAUAUGAUUCAAAGAGUGACGGUGCAGGACGCGGGUAAAUAUAUCUGUAGCGCCGACAACGGACUUGGCCAUCCCGGCGAGAACGAAAUAUACUUGGACGUUCUCUAUCCCCCUAAUGUAGUUGUGGAUUCUAAAACUUAUGAAGCAGAGGAAGGCGGGAACGUCGAAAUUAAGUGUGAAGUAUCAUCAAACCCUGAACCCAUUUCAAUAGAAUGGACUAUGGAGGGUCGAAAUGAUUUUCGUCAAAAAGGAAAUAUUUUAUUACUCACCAGAGUAAACGCUGAUAUGGCGGGAACUUACGUCUGUCGUGCUGUAAAUGUAGUUUCGACAAGCACCGGCAACAAAGUAGAACGAGCGGGCAGUGCAUCCGUUGCUGUACUCGUGAGACAUAAACCUGGUCAGUCGUAUAUAAGUCCCGACAAUCCUGUAGCGCAGGAAGGAAUGGGAGUAACUUUAACGUGCAGUGCGAAACCUCCCGGCUGGCCAGUGCCCCAGUAUCGCUGGUUCCGUGAAAUCGAAAUGGAAGUUGGUGACUUAAAGCCGUCGGUUCUCGCCACCGGGAAUAAGUACGUAAUACCGAGUGCACACCUCGGUAGCGAGGGAGUGUAUCAUUGCCAGGCUACUAAUGAACUCGGACACAGCGAACUCGCUACCGUUAACCUAGAAGUACAUCAGCCUCCUCGGUUUCAAUCUAAAUUGCAGCCGCACAUGAUUAAAAAUUCUGGCGAAAGAAACUUCUCUUUGACCUGUGUUGUACUCGGCAAGCCUUUACCUAAUGUGAAGUGGUACAAAGAUAAUGCCGAAAUACGUCCUGACGCUAAUCUGUAUGAAGUUAAAACGGAGAUCAAUAAGAGCAGAAACGCCGUGUUUAACAUACAAAGUGUUCUCUGGUUCCACGGAAGAGCGAGACCGAAUGGUGAUGAUUUACUGCCUGCUGAUCGGGGCGUAUAUUCCUGCUCUUUUGAAAAUGAAGUAAAGAAAGUCGAUUCCUCUAUGCAGCUACGAAUUGAACAUGAACCGAUAUCUGUCAAACAGCAAAAGAAAGUCGCCUACGAUUUGAUGGAAAAUGCUGAAAUAUCAUGUCGGGUACAAGCUUACCCUAAGCCUGAGUUUCAAUGGUUCUACGGAGCGACUCCUGCGCCCCUGCAGAUAACAUCUGACGGCCAUUAUGAGAUCAUCACGACAACAGACGAAAACGACUCCUAUUUAAGCGUACUAAUGAUUCGAAGCGUAAGGGCUCGAGAUUACGGUGAUUAUUAUUGUAAAGUGAAAAAUUCAUUGGGAAAUAUAAGUCCCCAAAUUCGCUUACAACCCAAAGGCGCCCCGGAGCCACCAAAAAAUUUAGCCAGUCAGAAAGUUGAUGCGACCUAUGUCACAUUAAAGUGGGAGGAGGGUUUUAAUGGAGGGCUGACGAGCACAAAAUAUUUUGUCUGGUACCGCCGAGUACGAAACUCAGCCAAUGGGGAACAUUGCAGCGCGAAACAAACUGAUGCCUUCGAUUGGAAAGAAUACGAUUGCGGUCGGUCUAAUCCAUGUAACGUGACUCAUCUCGACCAGCACAAUUCUUACUAUUUCAAGGUUAAGGCGGUUAACACCAAAGGACAGAGUAAUUAUUCUAAUGAAAUUUCGGUGACGACGAAGGUGGAUAGGAUAAUACCUCCAGAUACAGUUCACUAUAAUCCCAGUACGAGAAUGGUUCGCUUCACCGUAGCAGCGACCUGCCUGCCACUCGUCGGGGUUAUCGAGAAACUAAUGGGCUCGGAUGGAUGGCAGGUGGUGGACACGAUGCCGCUGUCGCCGCCGGCGGCGGGCGCGGCGCUGCAGGAGAAGCAGCUGGACCUGCCCGCGCCCAAGCGCGCGCGCGCCGGCGCCGAGCCCGCCUACGACGCCGACCUGCGCCUGCGCCUCAAGCUCUGCCUGCAGAACAACCAGAACGUGUGCAGCGACAACGUCGACGCGCAAAUUGGUACAUCGUUCGCAGAAGAAGCAAUAACAUUGACAACGUCUACACUUGUCGCAAUAAUAAUCUCGAGUCUCGUUUUCCUUCUGUGUUUGAGUCUCUUGGUUAUAUUUUGUCGCUGCAAACGCAAUGAAAAUAAGAAAGAAACGUCAAAAGACUACGAAAUGGAUUCCAUGCGAUCACCAAUGGGUUCGCCUCAGAAUCAAGCACCACCACCUUAUUAUCCUAGCACCGGUAUGGAAAAUAAGGCCCUCGAAAAUUCUAUGGACAUACCACUCACGAUGGACGACUCCAAGAACACUGUGUAUGCGACUCAAGGAGGCUAUGGAUACCACAUCGCUCCCCACACGCAAACACAUCCAGGACAAAACAUGACGAAUACAGAUUGGGUGAAUAUGGGAUACAUUGAAAAUAGCUACGCUAACAGCAACAACGGGGGCAGCGUCAACUCGCAGGACUCGUUGUGGCAAAUGAAGAUGGCCGCGGCUAACAAUCCACCUGGAAUGUCUCCCCACCAGAUGAUCGACCGACAGAGCAAUUAUGGAUAUGAUCCCAUCGCACAUGGCGGCUACGGAACAAUCGACGACUACGCCUCCUACCCCCCUCUGCCCCACGGGACACAACUACCUGCACCGGAUUAUGGACUACGUAACUCUCAAAACCCCUCGAGACAGGACUACUGCUCUGAUCCCUACGCCUCCGUUCACAAGCCCAAGAAACGCAUGGACCAACAUAUCGAGUCCCCGUACCACGAGGUGAGCGGGCUGCCGGACGGCUACGCGGGCGACGACGCGGCGGGCGAGGACAAGCCGCCGCACCUGUCGCUGAGCUACGACGAGUCGCUGGAGUCGGGCUACUCCACGCCCAACUCGCGCGCGCGCCGCGUCAUCCGCGAGAUCAUCGUGUAGGCCGCGGCCAUAGACAUUGCGCAUGGGUAUAUCAUUCGAUGCAUUUCUGUGACGUUUAUUGAUUCAUGGAAUAUUCUUAUCCGACUUUGACUCGAUCGGCUAUAAAUUAAAUAUGCUACCGCAAUUAAGUUAGCGAUUGAAAAAUUAUAAACCACCGACCUAAUGUGGGUAGCUACUGAUUACUGCUUCUCUCUCUCUCUCUCUCUCUCUCUCUCGUCGCCCUCCGAAGGUGAAUUUUCUAUUUGUUUUAUGAUCUUAUUAUGAGGAAUACCCUCUACUCGACUAAGAAUACUCAUUUUGCCCGUGAACUGAGGGCAGAAUGUUAGCUAAUAAUAGGAAGUAAGGGGGCGCGGAAAUCUUGAUCUCGGUCGCUGCGACCGGAUGGUGAGGCUGGCGCUGAGUAUGAGUAAGAUAAAAUUAAUUAAUGAGACUGUCUCCGAAUACUUCAUAUAACUGCGUGUAAAUACAUUUACGCAUUAGAUUAGUGAUAAGCUAGAAAUAAAUCUUCAAAAUUAAUAAUUAGUUUAUUUUGUAUUUUUUUUUUAAACAUCCUUUAUUUAUUUUUCAAAUAAUGAAAUGUUUAAUUUUUUAAACAUUUUCUCAUUGAGGGAAAGGCAAAAGCAUUCCAAAUACAGCCAAUAACUUAGUUAUAUGUAUAUUCACACUCUGCAUAAAAUGUAUUAUUAUAUUAAAAAAGGACGGAUACGGAUAUGUAAGCCAUAAAACUGUCUGUAUGAAUUAUUCAACAAAAAAAGGCGUUAAAAAUACAAAUAAAUUGUAAUAUAUAGGUACUAAUGAAAUGUGUCUGCAUAUGUACUUCUUUUAUUAAAUAGUGUCUUUAAAUAUAUCGUACUGUACUUGUAAAAUGAAUGGGUUGAGUGUAAGGUACCACAAACUGUGUUUUUGUUUUACCAAUAUACUAUAGUGAAAUACAUUAUACUAUAGUGCAAAUUAAAUCACAAUAAUAUUUAAAUUUGAAAAUCAUCUGAUAAUUGCGAUGUAACAG